GGGAAUUAAUGGUCUAUGAUACAAUCCAGGCUUGAACAUGCAGUUCUGGUAUGGUCAUUUUACAGGAGGAAGCUCGUAAAGAAAGAUGAGAGAAGAAAAUUGAAGGAUCUGCAACCAGAUUGCUGUGUCAAUAUAAGCUUUUGCAGGGGCUGUGGGACUGGGCCAUCAGUGUUUGUUGUUAGACCCAUUUUAUUUUCUACUAUUGUGCAUAUUCCUUUCCAGGAACUAUGGGAACGAGCCAGGGAUUUUCCCUUAUUUGGGACUUUGCACGACCCCUCCUCCUAUCACUUUGCAUGCAUCAGCCACCAAUCAGAGACCCUCGAGUUGAUGGACGAGACCAAAUGCUUGCAGGAUAUCACCCCAUUCAUGUGGAUACUCAAGGUGGUGGAAAGGAAAGGCAAUGAAUCAGAAAAACGGCUCAAUCUACAAAUUGGUCAGUUAAUUGGAAAAGAUCUCCAAAAGUUUGAUGCCUUGAAAAAUCCUGAGGUUAAUGAAUUUCGUGGAAAGAUGAAGGCUCUCUGUGACGAGGUGGUGGCAUCAAGAAACAAACUAACCUGGUCUGAGCGGGUACAGUAUCAGUAUCCAGCACGAAUAGCAACCAACCCUGAACUGGCUAGUUACAUCACUGAACGACUUCAGGAUAAUCAGUUGCUGCUGUCAGUCCAGUUCGACAAUUCCAAAGUUCAUUCUUCCUCCACAUUUCGAGUUCCUUUUGACAUGAGAACCAGUCAGCUACUCAGUAUGGCCCUGACCAAGCAUACUGUUACUUUUGGACUGGACCAGCCUGCAGACAGCUAUGUGUUGAAGACACCAGGCCGGGAAGAAUACCUCAUAGCAGAUGUUCCUCUGUCCCAAUACAUGUAUGUUCGUGAACUUGUGUGCCAAGAUGAUUGCUCCUCAGUGCCUCUAGUCAUUGUACAUUGGAAAACAAUUCAAGUUGACUCUGAAAACUUAUAUGCCCCAAUAGAAGAUGUUGGAGUAAAACACAUACGGAAUUCCUUUUCUGGGAUGACCUUAAGCAAAAAGAAGUACAUUUCCUCAUGGUCCAUCAGCGAAAACUUUCAAUUUUGUGUUGGAACCGUCUGUAAUAUGCCUCUCUCUGCUGAUGACCUGGUUGAGGUGAUGGUGGAGGCCGGGCUGUACCACGGGAGUAAGGCCCUAUGUGAAACCAAGGUGACCCAGGAGUUGAUGAUCUCUGAUGGAAAAGCCAAUAUUGAGGAGGAUCUCGUGUUCCCUAUAGCUGUCUGCAACAUUCCAAGAAAUGCUCGUCUUUGUUUAGCUAUACAUGAAGUCAAUCGAAGUGCAAAAGCCACAAAGGCACGGGCAUCAGUUGGCAGCAAACCGGAACUAUACAAGAACCCUCUGGCCUGGGUAAAUACAGCCAUCUUUGAUUAUAGAAACCAACUGAAAACAGGUGCAAUGUCACUCUAUGCCUGGAAGAUCUCUGAGGACCAGAUAGGGGAGUCCAUGCCCAACCCCUUAGGUACCCUGGUGAGCAACCCCGACCGUGACCAGGCUGUCACCCUCACCAUCACUUUCCCGCGCUUCAGCAGCACCUCCAGCAUCAUGUUCCCUGCCAAAGAUAGGAUCGUCACUGAAGCAAAAGAAAAUCCACAGUGUGAUGAGAUUGCACCAACCCCGGCAAUGAUGGAGGAGAUACGCCAAAUAGCGGAGCGUGACCCCUUGACUGAGCUGCAUGAACAAGAGCGCAAACUGCUUUGGUCACUAAGAAAUGUUUGUCGGAAAGAACUUCCUCAUCUUCUACCCAAACUUCUGCAGUGUGUUGAGUGGGAUAACAAGAGCGAGGUUGCAGAGAUGAUCUCACUCCUAGAAGAAUGGCCCAAGUUGCCACCUGACCAUGCUCUAGAGCUGCUUGAUUAUGCCUAUGCUGAGCCUGCUGUCAGGAGUUAUGCCAUUGAGUGCCUAGUCCAUUUUAGUGAUGAUGACCUGCUGCUCUACCUGUUACAACUUGUACAAGCAAUCAAGCAUGAAAACCACCUCUACUGCCACCUUGUGGAGUUCCUUCUGAAUCGAGCCUUGAGGAACAUGCGCAUUGGACAUUACUUUUUUUGGCAUUUGAGGUCUGAGAUGCAUGUCCCUUCAGUGUCCAUACGAUUUGGUCUGAUCCUUGAGGCCUAUUGUCGGGGCUCAUUGGAACACAUGAAGAGCCUCCUGCGACAGUUGGAUGCUCUUCACAAGUUCAAAGAGCUCAGGGGUGUGGUGAAUGAGAACCGGUCAAUGCGGGACAGAGCAGAACGGAUGAUGCGAGACUAUAUUAAGCAGACCCACAAUUUUGCUACGCUCUCCCACUUCCUCAACCCGAUUGACCCAAUGUACCGGAUCAGCACCAUCAAGGCAGAAGAAUGUAAAGCCAAAGACAGCAAAAUGGCUCCUCUGUGGCUGGUGUUUGAGAAUGGAGAUCCCCACGGAAAAAGUAUCUACCUACUCUACAAAAAUGGAGAUGACUUGCGGCAGGACAUGUUAACACUGCAGAUGAUUAGGAUCAUGGAUAAAUUGUGGAAGGACAAUGGGAUGGAUCUAAGGAUGAACCCGUACAGUUGCAUGUCAACAGACAACCGUGAAGGCAUCAUCCAGGUGGUCCUUAAUGCUGAAACCAUUGCCACCAUCCAGAGAGCGAAGGGCAAUUUCUCAGCCACAUGUGCUUUUAGAAAAGGGUCACUUUUAGCAUGGCUCAAGGAUCACAACCCUACUGAAACUCUACUUAACAAGGCAAUCCAUGAGUUCACUCUGUCCUGUGCUGGGUACUGUGUGGCCACCUACGUCCUGGGAAUAGCUGACCGUCACUCUGACAACAUUAUGAUUAUGAAGAAUGGCCAGCUUUUCCACAUCGACUUUGGGCAUAUCCUUGGCCACUUCAAAGAAAAGUUUGGCAUCAGGAGGGAGCGACAGCCCUUCGUCCUGACGCACGACUUCAUCAACGUUAUCACCAAGGGCAGACAGUCACAGACACGAUCUGAGGAAUUUGAAAAAUUCAAAGGAUACUGUGAAGAGGCAUUCUUGAUACUAAGAAAGUAUGGAUCUUUCAUCAUUUCACUUUUUGCCAUGAUGAUAUCUACUGGGCUUCCAGAACUGCAAAGUGAAAAAGAUCUCAACUAUCUUAAGGAAACUCUGAAACUCGACUUAUCAGAGGAGGAAGCAAGAGAUCACUUCCGCUCCAAGUUUGAUGAGGCGUUGACGAAUGCUUGGAAGACCUCUGUAAACUGGGCAUUUCAUUCCAUGGCCAAAAAGAAUCCUUAAGAAGUGGGAUACAUCAAUCAUGAUUCUUUUUUUAUUCAUAGUUCUAAUGCCUUGUAUGAUAAAGCAAGCAGAGGUUUCUGUAGGGAGAACAAAGGGGAUGCACCUACACUUCCUUUAAGAGUUUUCCUAUUGUGAUUUAUUGUAAAUACAACUUACUGGUAAGGUUGUCUCCUCGGGUAUUUGCUCCUCCUCCAAAGGAAGAAAAUCCAGUGGGUAUGUUCACAAAUUUGUGCCCAUGACUCAAGUUUGUACUCAUGUCAGGAUAGAAAGCUACUCUGGAGAAUGUAAUGAAGGUACAAAAACAUGAUUACGUCAAAGUACAUAUUUUGACAAUUUCACUUUUAUAACUUACCUCAGCUUUUCAAAGUAGCUUUUUUUUUCCUGAUACGAGCACUAAUAGGAGUGGUGUGUACAGAUUGGCUCACAUACCUUGGAUGCCUAUGGAUGUGGGAGUCUCAGUUUCCAGGUGUGCUGCAUCCUCACCCUGGACCCUUUGGCUGUGUUAUGCAUGACUGCCUCUGUGGAUGAUAGAUUAUAAUGUAUUUUUAUGAUAAGCAUUCUAUGUAUUCACCCAACCCUUUGUAGUUAUGCUUUCAUCAACACCGUAGUGUCAGUGGUGUUAUUGGGUGGGCAUUCAUUGUUGUCUCCCUGUAUCCAACUUUAAGUCAUUAAAUCAUUACAUUAUUCUCCCAAUUGUUACUUAGAAAAAGAUCUUUUAGGGGUGGACUGGGUCUUAACGGGGUAAUAUACUGUAUUUUCAGUUGUCCUUUUUCCCUUUAGCAUACCUUAAAAUUGGAUACCUGAUUUUGGUGCUAGAUACAACUGUUAAAGUGCUGACACUUUCAGGAUUAAACACAGAAUUUGCCUGCAACCCUUGUUUAUUGGAGGACUUUCCAUUCCCCAGGUAUGCAGGUAGAGAGCAGUGCUGUGCCCUCCAGUCCUUUGGUGUGCAGCAGACAAAACUGGAGCACCUCUCUUUCACUUCUCCUAAAAUGCUGUCAGGCAGAGUACUUUAAUAUUUUUUUCAAAUAAUUAAUAAUUUUGUAUGAAAAUAUAGCAGAGAUGAAAGCAUAGCUCACCUUGCUUUAUUCCUUGCAAAAGAAAGGUGUUCUGGGGUAAACAUGGCAGCCCCCACAUCUCCUCGCCAUCUUUUUGUCAAGCUUAUGCAAAGGUGAAUGAAACGAGGCUUCCAGUGUUAAAGCCUGGGUGGCAGCUUGGCACUGUCACGUAUUCACUGAUUAGCACUGAUCCUAACAUAUGAUUUUUAUCCUAAAGUAUAAUUUUUAUCACUGAUUUAUCACUGGAAGCCUGAUUUCACUCAUUUGCAUCAGCUUGACAAAAAGAUGCAGGGCUCCCAUGUUUACCCCAGGACACUUUUCUUUUGCAAGGAAUAAAUCAAGGUGAUAAUGAUUUCUUCUCGGCUAUAUUUUCACACAAAAUUAUUAUAAUUAUUUGAAUAAAAUAUUAUAGUCCUCUGUCUGACAGCACUUUAGGAGACACAAAUGAGAGGUGCUCCAGUUUUGUCUGCUGUACGCUGAAGGACCGGGGGGCACAGUGCUGCUCUCUGCCAUUAUUCAGCUUAGAAAGUCCCCCAUUCAUCAGGACAGUAGGAAGAGGUAAUUACUUUAUGUAGGCAAAUGUAAGGUUGCUCAUCACCACACAUUAGCCCUCAAACCUGCUGUGAAAUGUCACCAGUAAGCUUGAAUGCCGUGAUGUAAACUUUUCUCAUUUUGCUGGACCCUCAAAAUAUCAUUUGAGUAAUAUUACCUUGAAUGUUUUUUGUUAUUGAUGUCAGCAGUUUUUUAUGUAGUAUACAUGAUAAUUUUUAAAGUAGAUAUAAAUUCACUGUGUGCAUUUUCUCAGUUUUCAAACUUUUUAUACAACAUACCUUAUUCUGAUAAGUUUACUCAUGAAAUUGUGCACUUUAGUUUAAUACUACAUUCAACAUGAAUUUAAUAAUAUAUCACUGGGCUUUACUACCAUUAGAUUUUAUGCAUAACUGGAUGGACAUAUUUUUAGAAAAUUUACUUUCAUUGAAUUAAAGCAACGCUAAUUACUAGUUUUAGUCUGAAUUCCUGUAAGGCUGUCAUGCAAUAUUAUUGUUAAUAUUUAUGUAACAAAACUAGAGAGAAUGUUAUAGUACAUGCAUCUUUUUGCAUUGUGGGACAAUCUUUUUUGUAAAUAGAAUUUUAUUUAAUUUUCAAAAUCAGUGUAAUCAGUUGUUUUCAUUUUUAGUGUGAAAUUUGUAUUCAAAUUGAUUCAGAAUAUUUAAUUACUUCCAUUUAAUUUAAUGUUCAUGCUUCCUAUAUAAAGUGAUGUUUUGAAAAUGACCUGGACACAAUAUCUUACAGACAACAGCACUUGCUCUUCAGAAGUGGUGGCAAUUGUUUUAGGCUUUGACCAUUUCCUAUAUUGGGAGGGGCUGUUUACUUAUAAUUUUAUCCUACUAUGAGAAAGGAAAUGCUACGUGUCAUAACAGUCAGCUAACAUAAUCAAAAUCUGCUGAUGAUAUCAAUUUUCAUUCACCCUGUUCACAUGUUUCUUUUAUAAAGCUGAAGGUAAACAAAGUUCAGAAAGAGCUAUUGGUUGAUCUUUUUACAGGACAUCACUUUACCUGAAACAUUACUUUUGUAAAUACCAUAAACUGUUAGUCGCAUGGACUUCAUCUUCAGAGGCAGGUGUAGUGCCUGUGCUGAGGCUGUUGGCACAAAAUGUCAUGUUAUCCUUGUAUUUAUCUCUUGUUAAUAAAGUAUUAUGCUGUGUAAUUAAUGCUCUAAAAUCA